AAACAAUUAAAACUAGUAACAGAUUUUCAAUCUUUUAAUUCAGCAAAUGGAGAAGGAUUUUUAUGUAUGAUUAAUAAGCUUGAUCCUGCAUUUAAGCCACCAUGUUAUGUAAUGAUCAAAAAGGAUAUUGGUUAUGAAUAUCCAGCUACAUUUCAAGCUAUAAAAGAAAUGAUUACUCAUACCUGUGAUAUAGCAGCUAUAACUACAGAUCUUUGGAUAUAUUACGCAAAAUCAGGUUAUAUCAGAAUUACAUAUCAUUG